CCUCCUAAAAUGAAUACCACUAGGCACUAGCUCUUAUCAGUUAUCUCGAAGAUACUGAAACACUAAGUAAAACAAUAAAAAAUUGUCCACAAGCAUACAACUUAGCUUCUUUUUACAUAGUGAUAAUAUGCUAACGUGCCACCAGAUGAACCAAAACCAAUAAUACUUCACCAUGCCAGAAAUUCCCAUGCCGAUGUUGGGUUUUGGCACCGCAGCAGAUCCUCCUGUUGAAGCAAAAAUUGUUAGAAUUGCAGUUCUUCAAGCAAUUGAACUUGGCUAUAGACAUUUUGACACAGCUGCUUUGUAUAAUUCUGAACAACCACUUGGUGAAGCCAUAGUUGAUGCAAUUAAUAGUGGUUUAAUUAAAUCUCGUGAACAACUCUUUAUCACUUCAAAGCUAUGGUGUAGUGAUGCUCAUCCUCAACAUGUUCUUUCUGCUAUCAAGAAGUCCCUACAGAAUCUAAAGAUGGAUUAUAUUGAUUUAUAUCUAAUACACUGGCCAGUGAGUUCUAAGCCAGGAAUUCAUGAGUACCCUAUUAAAAAAGAGGACUUUCUUCCCAUGGAUUUCAAGUCAGUUUGGGCAGCAAUGGAAGAGUGCCAGAAACUAGGAUUCACUAAGUCCAUUGGAGUUAGCAACUUUUCUUGCAGGAAGCUUGCUGAUGUUCUUGCCACUGCCAAAAUCCCCCCUGCUGUCAAUCAAGUAGAAGUAAGUCCAUGUUGGCAGCAACAGCAGCUGAGAGAGUUCUGCAAGAGUAAUGGAGUUCUUGUUGUUGGAUAUGGUCCUUUAGGAUCUAUAGGUACCUUUUAUGGAACCAACAGAGUUAUGGAAUCUCAGGUGCUCAGAGAUAUAGCAAAGGCCAAAGGCAAGACCGUCGCGCAGGUUGCUUUAAGAUGGGGAUAUGAGCAAGGCAUUGGUGUGGUGGUGAAGAGCUAUAACAAAGAGAGAAUGAAACAGAACCUUGAGAUUUUCGACUGGUCAUUAAGUGAUGAUGAGCGCAGGAAGAUUAGUGAAAUCCCACAAAGUAGAGCUUGUCUUGGUAAAGAUUACACAUCUCCUUAUGGACCUUACAAGACAAUUGAAGAGCUCUGGGAUGGAGAACUCUGAUUAAAUCAGUUUACAAUAUCAAGCAUAUUGUUUAGUAAUUCUUCUUAUUGCAUGUCUCCUUUCUAAUUGUGGUAGUUGUAUAUUAUCACAGUGGAGAUAAGAAGGGAAAGAUUUAUCCAGUUCCUUGUUGUAAGCUGCCUGUUUGUUAGGAGUAUUUUAAUCAUGUCA